AUGAAGACCAAGCAGAGCUGCGUGGAGGUACCAGCAGCAGAUCUGAAGGAGGUCAAAGACCUUCUCGAAAAACUACAAGGAGAUGCGCCAGAAGAGCAGGACGAGAGGACAUACGCGGAUUUGGAGUUAGUGGACUUGAAUAAAUGCGACUCAAAGCCAGGGAAAGACUUCGGAGCUGAUGUCAAAGAGGAAAUGUCUGUGUUUGCGAACAGCAGCGGGCCUGGAGCUCCGCGCCAAACUGAGCCAAAUCAUGAGUGUACGAGAAAAAACGAAAAAGAAACUAAGAGGAGAACGGAUUCAAAAGAUCAGAAACAGGUUGGGGACGUUCAGGACGACCCCUCUUGUGUGAUUUCUUUAACAGAUCCUCCGUCUCUAAAAGAAAAGUCAGAGUAUGGCCUCAACUCCAGAGACAAAGGCGAGCGCGCCAUUACGCAACCGGAGGUGUCCAAAAGAGAGGAGAAAGACGCGCAGAGAGAAGAGGAGCUCCACGGCAGUGAUAAUUAUCUGAGCGGGGGGAGUGAGUCUGAUGAUUUAGAGGACGACGACGACGAUGAUGAUGAUGAUGAUGAUGAUGAUGUGAGUUUGGUGCUUUCAGAUGACUGCGUUCCGUGCGUAACGGAAGACGAGUCCCACUAUAUUACCACGCACGAGAUCCAGCUGACAGAGCUUUCUGACAAUGAGGGGGACUAUGACCUGGUGGGCUCCUCUACUAGCUGGGACAUUGAGGAUGACAACCAGCAGGUGUACUCCUUUGUGGAUUACGCCUCAUCUGAUGGGGAUGGAGUAGCAGCGGGGCAGAGGGGGGAGCCCCGCGCUCAGGACGCAGCAACAGUCAGCACUCUACUGGAAAGUGAUCCGAGCGAAGCCGCCAAGUUUACCAGCUCUGAUGAGAGCGUGUCCAAGCCCCCGCGGCAGCAGGACAGUGGCAACAGCGCGGGACAGAUCCACCUGUCAAUCAGAGCCACUUCUCGAGCUAUAAAUGACCCCAGCAACAUCCAAGAACAGAAAAAUAUUCUUUAUCAUGCCAGGCGCGCCGGAGACAUGAGCCGGUAUGUGUUGAGGGGCGUUGAUGGGAAGGCAGAGACGUUGUGUGACAGGGCAAAGUGUUUCAUCGCCGCGCCCGGACGCUUACACUUUGGCCGCAAAUUGAGGGGAAAAGAGGUCACAGAGUACUCCAGCGGUGCGUCCAGCGCUGUCAGCGAGCUGGACGACGCUGACAAGGAGGUGCGCAAUCUGACAGCCAAAGCCUUCAAGAGCCUGGCGUACCCCUACUUUGAUGCCAUUAAUUUCAGCACCUCCAGCGAGUCCUCUGCAUCAGAGCAUGGCUUGGGCAUCAACAGAUGGUCCACUUUUGUCGACCUGAAAUAUGGCAACAUGUCACAGGGACUGGACCCCAGUGUAGUCUCACACCAAAACUCAACGGCUUCUUUUGAAAUAGCCAAAAAUGUUGACAGUAGAGGGUACAAGGGCAUGGCAUUUGCAAGCAUCAAACCGCCAACCAACAAGAUCUUCACCCUGAAUGGGAAUCCCCACAGCGCGUCAUCAUCAAAGAAAAUCGAGCUGAUGGGGAAAUUCAGUCAGGGCCACAGCGGGGUGAUCAGGCUCACAGAGACUCUGAAUUUCCGCUGUAAUGUCAAAUCGGGAAUGUCUGAGGGAGAAAGGCGCACUAACUUUGCACAAAAUGCUGCAGGAUCACGUUCCACAGAUGAAGUUACCAACACUUUGCCAAGCAGCCAGAGGAGAGGGGCCAGCCAGCCUUCCUCUAACGCCAUGGAAGACACACACAAGAAGGCCAUAUUCGCCUCCAGCUUGAUUAAAAAUGUGAUUUCUAAGAAGAUGCAGUUCGAGCAGGAGCGCAAGAUGGAAAGAGGGGAGAUCAGUGAGCCGCAUCAGACGCCUUCACCGAGCCUCGUGCACCAGGACAGCGACGGCCACAGGGGGAAGGGGAGCAGGGAGCUGCACAGACAGAGCUCCAAGUUCUCAGAGAGCAGCUCUGACUACGCCAUAAUGUGCGUGGAUGAAUUAGGGGACAUCAUUGACAGCGGCUCAUGUGAUACGAAGAGCGACUCGCGGAGACAAGACACGGCCGCUCCCGCACCUGAAACUAAUUUAGAGACGGCAAAUGAAGCUGGAAUCGAUGCUAAAAAAGGCGCAUUGGAAGCUUCUAAAAGCACGCUGCUUCGCAGCCAAAAUAGCGCAUUCAGAUGCUGGAAGGAAGGGGAGGUAGAGUUUCAAAAGGAUCAUAAAAACGAUAAAAGUCCGGAGGAGAAGCUGCCUUCAGCUAACGACAAAGAGGGCGAGGGGGACCAGCACUCAUCGAGCAACAAACUGAUUAAAAUGUCACAUUUGUUUGUGCCAAGUAUCCAACUGCUGCCCAGUGACGGAGAAGAGGCGCAGCAGCUGCAGAACAGGAGCUAUUCUCCCUGUGAAGACGAAGAGGGAAUAAAACAGCGCUCAGACAACACGCUGUACAUCGCAGAAUCCAGGAGUGUAGCUACAUCUAAAUCUCCGGAAAUCAAAAUCAACUUAAGGAGUGUCAGAGACAAUAAAACUGAGCCCUUCAGCGUCUCCAAGCUGCGCGCUCCUAAUAUAGGCUGUAACCCAGUCAGCCUCGUCAGGGCAGAUGACUUCAAAUGCCAGGCUCUGGCUGCAGCUCUGAAGGGUGAGUGUUCUGAUAAAGUGCCGCAUUUCAUGGUCAGAGAUAUUAGAGAUAAUAAAGGGAAGCUGCAGACGCCCAUUCACCAGGUGAGGGACGUGCGUAAACUGGUUAAAAGCUCCUAUCACUUUGUUUCUUUGGAUAACCACGAAAAUAAAUCUGCUGUUGACAGCCAUUCAGAGCACAAGAAGCAAAUACCCUUUAGAAAUCUCAAGUCUGUGUCCCCUAUAGUGAUAAAAUGUCAGUCUGUGAAUACAAACAGUAACGGCAAACAAGAGAUCUCUCAACAGGAGCAGCUUGAUUUAGACAGAUCGUCUCCAGAGGGCGCUAUAAAUGCUCAACUGCAAAGAGCUGCAGGGACGGCACCAGUAACUAACUCUAAUAACUCCUCAGAGGGGGGAGUUGGGUUGGGAAUUGAGAGUAAAAUAGUCUCAAAGAAGCAGGAGAAGCCGUCAGAUACCGCAGAUAAGAAACCAGAGACAAAGAUGGCGAACCAGGCGGCGUUCGAGAAACUCCAGGCUGCUGUGAAAACCAUGGAGCAGCUCUAUGUGUUUGAAAGAAACGAGUGGAAAAGAAAGAAUGAGCCCCGGCCUUUGACAGACAGCCAUGUCCUUUCACUGAUCACCAGUGAGGAGCACGGAGGACCUGAGGAGGAGGACGCCAAAGGGUACAGUAUGGAGAAGACAACCAGACAAGACUCCUACCCCAACACUGACAAGACCCCACCAGCAGUAGCAGCAUCCCCAAGCCUGCUGAGGCGAGACGAUAAAGUCCAACAGAGUCCCAGCAGCCGUGAUGACAAGCUGCUUGCCAAGUCCAUGCACGCUCUUGCAACCGCCAACACUUCAGGGAGCAAGAACAUGUUCAGUCUGAGCUCCAGCCUUAAGUCCUCCACAACAGCCAAGACACCACAAUCAAAUGCUGCCCCGCAGUCACCCUUCAGUACCAAAAAGUUCACCCCAAAAUCCCCUAAACUACCUGUGUCCUUGAAAAGCAGCCGGAAAAACCUGGGUGGGCACGAGGAAGCUGAAACAAAGAGGGUAGAGAGGUCCUUGCAAGAUCCUUUCGGUGCUGACAACGAGAACUACCUCACUAUUCCUCUAAAGUCUCCAGCUGGCACCAACAAACCGAUCUCUUCUGCUGAUAAAACUUCAGUGUACACCUUCACCACUAAAACACAUCCAACACAAACAUCAGGACAGUCUGGUUUCAGCACCAAAGGUCAUGAAGACCGCAACCAGUCCCCGCAACGAGCCAGCAUAGUCAUGGAGACACGAUCACCAGAGAUCCCUUCAGCAACCAUCUACCACUCCAUGCCAUUAGGCAUGACUGCAAACCAGCCUCAUAUGUACUGCUUUUCCCCAGCAAUCACACCUGCACCCACUCUGGAUCCGUUCCAACCCACCCAGAGGAAGAUGCUCCUGGAUCCCACAACUGGGAACUACUACCUGGUAGACACACCUGUGCAGCCAACCACAAAGCGUCUCUUUGACCCAGAGACAGGCCAGUACGUGGACGUUCCGAUGCCCCAGGCUCCUAUGGCGCCAGUUCCCAUGCCUGUCUCACCUUUAGCACUAAGUCCUGGAGCUUUUGGACAUACCUACAUGAUCUACCCAGGCUUCAUGCCAACGCCAUCUGUGAUCCCUGCACGGACGCUGGUGCAGUCGCAGAUGUCGAUGCACUCAGAUGUUGACAGUAUGGAGAAAGCUUCGUCACAGCAGACAGAGGGCUUGUACAUGGAGAGUCCUUUCUACAUGGCAACAGGAAAGUCCCCCCAGAUGGCAUCCGGGGUUCAACAGCAGGCUGCCACCGCUGCGACCUCUGCCAGCAGGCCAGCACAAGGCUUCUCCAGCGCCAAGCAGCCGGUUAUCAGUAUCACCUCCCAGCAGGGGCCACGGAUCAUCGCCCCGCCUUCAUUUGAUGGGACCACCAUGAGCUUUGUGGUGGAGCACAGAUGAAUGGCAGCCCAUCUGGACAGGUGAGGAGGUCUGAGUGUUUGACAGAGUUUGGCUGAUCACAAUUUGUUCCUAGAAGUUUGAGGCACAAGUAUGGUGGCCCUGAAGGUCAACUGCACAAGCAUUCCAUCACAACAAAAAAUUCACUGAAGGUAAAAAAAAAAUCCUAAAAUUCAACAAAAUACAGAUGCAAUAUGUCACAAAUCCUAAACAUAUUUUUAAAGACACAAAAAUGUUUAAUGAAAAGCUGAAAAAACAUAGAUUUUCAGUGGGAUGUAGAAAGUCUUUCAUACAGUACAAAAACAUUUAAUGGGAUGCAAAAAUCAUUUACAAAAUAUGGUCACACACACAGACUAUUUUAAAAAUGCAUUUUACAAGAAAAAAAAACAUCUGAUGAAGUGAGAGAAUAUUUUACAACAACCCAAAAGUUUGGGACAGUGCUAAAGUACAACAAAAAAAUCAAAAUGUUCCAAGAUACACAGAAAAAUAUAAAUUAAAAAAAUUCAAUGCAACACAAAACUUCUGGUAAAACAAGUAAAUUUUUCAUAAAAUGAAAGCUAUUUUUACAUUUCAUGAAAUGUAUUUUGAUUUUCAGUGAUUUAUUUUGAGUUUCAGUGAAAUAUUUUAUGUUUCUAUUUUUCUAUCAGUGACAUUAUAGCUUUUUUCCUGGUGAAUGAAUGUUUGUGACGUUGACUUUCUGAACCUCCACAUGCUGAGGCCCUUUCUUUAAAGUGAUGUAUUUGGGAAUUUUUGCCUCUGUUAAUCAAGACAGCAGAAGAGAAAGUGGAAAUGAUUUUAAAGGUGAUGACUGGGAGUCAAACCUAUGGCAGCUGUGGUGCCUGACUUGCUCAGCUGACCAUUGCGCUAUGAUUUGAUCCUUUACAUGAAUAAAAUGACUAAAAUAAUCUGAUAAAACUUGUCAAAAAGUAAAAGUCCUCCAUCAAAAUUUCCAAAAAAUAAGAUAUAUUUUACAAUCAAAGAUUAAAAAAGCAAAUCCAAAAAAUCUCAUAAAGUCUGCCUGAACUUGUGUAAGAGUAAAAAUAAAACUGAUUUAAUGAAAGGGCCGUAGUGGUGUGAAGAGGACGCUCUUUCCCCUGACACGUAUUCUUGGUGGGUUAUAUUUGGAGCAAUAGGCAUAAUGAGACACUUCCAUGGUCUAUUUCUGUUGUAAUGUCACACACAGAGUGAGACCUGAGAAGCCGCAGCACUCUGCAGACCUGCGAGGUGUCACUCUGAUUCUCUGGCUACAGUCCACACUGGGGUGGGGGGAUUGUACUUUCAGUCCUAAAAGUGUUCAAAAUUAAAUGUUAUACUCACGGCAAUGAAUCUUCAUGAUGGAUCAUGUUCUAAUAUAGUCUUGUUUCUGAGCCACUUUUUGACUUUUUGCAAUAAGCAUAAAUGCAAAUAACAUUUUUGAAAAGCUUAUUAUUUGAAAGUUGCUCACUUUGCAGCAAGUGAGCAUGAUGUUUCAUGUUCCUACUAACACCAUGACUUAAGGACUCCUUGUGAUGGCACUAAUGGCAUUGAAUUUGCACUUCACCCUUCAGGGACAUUUUGCAGGCUCAGGGUCUAAAGUGGGCCCUGCAUGCAAGGACAUUUUAAGUGUGUUUUAAGCCGAAUACUGAAAUAAUAACACUGCUAGCUACAAACUAUAAGUUGCAAACUUCAUGCCUCACCCUGCUUUACAAAUAAGACUGGUAUUAUUACAGGCCGGGGUCUGGGGUCUGUUCGUAAUUUCAUUAAUCUCAUCAUGGUGUACUGUAGAGUCUGCAGCAGUAAACACUGUCAUUGUGGCGUUUGUGCUGUUGCAGCGCGUUUUCCUGAUGGAGAUCCUUCGGCAGAAACUAGAGAUGAAGGUGCAGUGAUGCUUCUGCACCCCUGAUACAAGUGGGCCUGACAUUUUUUUAUUCUAUAUAUCAUCAUGCAACUUAGCAGUUAUCACAAAAACAGCGUAUCAGUUAUGAUACUGCUCUCAUGGGGCACAAACUGUGUAUAAUAAUGCGCCUGUCCACCUCUGAUCAAAGAAUAAUCCAGAUUUGCUUGGAGACACUUGCUCUCCGAGGACUUUUUAAACAUUACAGCACACCAGCCAAUCAAAUUCUGGCUCUGGUUAGGCUGCCAUGUUGCCGCUUCAUUCCUAGAGGGUUUUACAAUGUUUUGCAUGUAAUUUAUUUACUAUUAACCAUGUCAGUCAACAUGCACAACAAAAGUAGAGACACAGUGGGAUUGUAAAGUUUGCAGCUGAGCAUGUUUGGCGCUCUGGUAUCACAGCGGAUCAUUCUAACAUCUCUUCAUUAGCUAGGUGUGUGAAUGUGAGCGUGUGCAGCAUGUCGGACAUUACGCUUGUGCAUUAGUAGUAAAAGGUCAAGUGAUGGCAGGUAUUUGUUAUUGUAUACACGGACGGGCUGCUUCAGCUGCUGCUGGACAUCAAGAGGCAGGCUGGCGGGUCAGAGUCGCAGCAGGGUCAGCUGGCUUUUUAUAGGAGCGCUCAUUUAAAGACAGAGAGAGUGAGAAGGCAGGUUCACAUGGCCUCCCAUCAGGAAUUACAUAAACACAGCAUGCAACAUGGCAGCACAACGCUGCAGCUGUGAGCAUUUGGAGUUCCCCUUCUCAUCUGAGAAUGACACACAUACUGCAGGGCUCAGCUGUGUUUGAACAGUCAUCAGAUAUCCUGACUGAUGCAGGAUGGAGAAAAUGGCUUUUGUACAGGAAUUAUUCUUAAAAGUUUUGGGCUAAACCCAACCUCUAAACACACUGACCACUGUCCAAUAGCAAUAAAUGUCUCUAUUAACAAUUUAUUUCUGUGCUGUAUUUUUGCAGCGCAACAGGAAAUUUAUAUUCUGUCUGAAAGUAAAGUGAAAUUCAAAGUCCAAAGUAAACAUCCCCUUCAUCUGUUUGUGUUAAAUCUCACUUUUACUGUUAAGGAGGCCUAAUUUUGGCUUGCUACGAUGUCAUGAGUCUCAGUUUCACUUUUAAAAGCAAAACAAAGGCUUCAAUCUGGCUCACAUCUAUGGGAUGAACCUUGUGUCUCAGUUUUACUGUUAGGGAAGAUUUGCAAAGGUUUGCUUCGGUGUCAUGAGUCUUAGUUUCACUGUAACUUGUUAAACAAAAGCCUCACUCCAGCUAACUUCAGUGGUUUGAGCCCGAUAACACUCAGUUUCACUGUAAACAGUCGAACAAAGACUUCAGUCUGGCUAAAAUCUCUGGUACAAACCCUAUGAGUCUCAGUUUUACUGUUAAGGAAGCUUAAAUUAGCUUGCUUCAGUGUCAUAAGUCUCAGUUUCACAGUAACUCUUUAAACAAAAGCCUCACUCUAGCUAACUUCAAUUUUUUGAGCAACACUUUAUCUGACCUGAAAAACUCUGAAAACUAACUAUGCACGACUCAGUGACUCCGCCCCUGUUUAGUCGUGUCCUCUUUUUUUCGGGAUUCAGAAUAUGGUCACCCUAUUUAUUUAUUAAUGUAGAAUAUGUAAACAGAGGGUUGACCAGACACCUGAUCCAGCUGCCUUUUUCAUUUUUAUAAUGCUUUGGAUAAAUAAAAAAAAAAGACUUCCUCAAUUCAGAAACACAGACUGGAUUUUAGAAACAAAAGGUUGGUAAGAGACGACAGCUUUUCCAGUAAUACUCAAGAGGAAAUGACUCAGCGUGUCAGUUUUUCAUCCAAAACAAUCAAUUACUUUGGCGUUGACUGAUACCAAAACUAAGAGUGCUGUAAUUGGGCUUUAAAGGCAAAAUGUGAGUGUGUUAUCAAGGGUCAAAAUACCUGCAAAACUCCAGCUUGUCACUGAGCUUGCUGCCAAUUGUAUUGUCAAUGCCAAUUUUGGAAAUGUAAAACAAACCGGAACCAUAUUUCUGUCUUGGAAAUUUUUCAUAUUCCCCACCCUGACUCACCUGUGAGGGCCUGACAGAAUGCCAAAAGAUGACAGCUGCCAGUAGAUGUACGAGAAGCCUUUAGUUGUUUCUACUAAACUUAUGACUCAUCUGCAGAAACCAGAAGAAACUAUAUCCUCAUACCAAUAUUACCUUUUUCAUUAACCUCAGGAGCCAAACACAACCUCGUAGAUGGUGUCCAGAAAGUUGGUGGUUGGUCCCUCUACUCUUUGGAGGGUCCAGGAUUUCUAAAAAGAAUGUCAGAUUUGAUAUUAGUGUAGUUUAUUUGUGAUUUCAAGAUUAAAAUAUAUAUAUAUUUACACUGUGUCCGAAUUCACUUAGACUCUGUUUCUUGUUUCUUUUUCAGGGUUGAUCUCUGAGAAUCUGCUGGACUUCUCUGAUUUUGGUCUCUUCAGUCAUGUAUGUUUAAUUUUUUUGAGAAGAUGGAUUACAUCCCAUGUUAGCUGUAGUGUAUUUAAAAAAAGAGUAUAAAAGUCUGGCAGACUCAUUUAACUGUCAGCAUCUGUUUCAUCACUCUAGAUCUGUAAUCAAUCAUAGAAAUCAGGGUGAAAUUUUUUAAAAUACAAAAAAUUUGAC